AUGACGAUUUUCCCAUGGAACCAUGGUAAGGGUAACGCCAGCGGUUAUCAGGCUACGACUAUCAAGGCUACAACAGGAUGGAUACAAGGCGAUGAUGAUAAGAAGAUCAAAUGUGGUGCAAAGUCUACCAUAGGCAUCCCUUCUAGUGUGCAAGGUGUGGUGGAGGAGGCUCGUAGGAGUAUCACUGGACAGGCUCUCGAACGACGACAACACAAUGCAGUUCGGCUGAAGGGGGUGUACGAGGCGUUGGCAGCUGUAUGCUGGGGAGCACGCACUAUUGGAGACGCCGGCCAGAUACGACCAUUGGAACUACACGAGUUCGUAUGA